AUGGCUCCGGCUCCGGACGGCCCAGACGAGCCCAGCGGCGGCGGAUGGACGAAUCGCGUGCUCGCGGGCUUGACCGUCGCCGUCAACUUUGUCCUUGCCCAGUGGCUCAUCAUCGGCUUCGCCGUCGCAUGCGUGCUGGCGUACUACUUCCCGUCCGUUGCGGCGCGUGGGGGCGCCAUACGGUCUGAGUACAGCAUCAUAUACGGCGCCGUCGCCUUCAUCUUCCUCGUGAGCGGCCUGCAGCUCGCGCCUGACAAGCUCAAGGAGAAUGCGACCAACUGGCGGCUGCAUCUCACAGUCCAGGGGAUGAGCUUCAUCGUCAUCCCAGCCAUCGUCCUCGCCGUCGUCCACAUCUCCCUCGCCGCCGGCGCCCUCGACACUCAGACGCCGGCGACGCCCAUCCUCGCCGGCCUCAUCGCCCUCGCCUGCCUCCCGACGACCAUCGCCUCCAACGUGGUGAUGACGCGAGCGGCUCGCGGUGACGAAGCGGCCGCCGUCAUAUCCGUCGUCGUCGGCAACGUCAUCGGCUCCUUCCUCUCGCCCUUGCUCAUCUACGGCUUCUUCCCCCGCGGCGACGCCUUUGCCGCCUGGCGACCCGCCGACCCCAGCACGCUCGGCAUCAUGUACGCCGACGUCGCCAGGCAGCUGGGGCUGAGCGUCAUCCUGCCCCUGCUCGUCGGCCAGGCCGUGCGGUGGUGCUGGGGGGAUGCCGUGGUGCGGGCGCUGAAUACCUUCAAGCUCGCCAAGCUUUCGAGCUUCUGUCUCGUCCUGCUCGUGUGGACCACCUUUUCCGGCGCCUUUUAUACCGGGGCCCUCUUGCAGCUAUCUUCUGCGUCCGUCAUCUUUGACGUCUUCCUCAACCUCGCUCUUUACAUGCUCUUCACCGUCCUAUGCCUCCUGCUCGCCCGCCCGCCAGCCGCGUUGGCCAAGGGCAUUCACCCUCGCUUCGCCACGUCGAGGCACCUGCCCGCCUUCGUCAAGAGGGGCCUUCCUGUCACCAAAAUGUCCAAGGAGCAGACGAUUGCCGUUUGCUUCUGCGGCGCCGCGAAGACGACAAGCCUGGGGAUCCCCCUCGUUGCGGCCAUGUGGAACGGGUCCGACGACCUGACGAGGGCCUACAUCCAGAUCCCAGUGCUGCUGUACACCAUAGAGCAGGUUUUCAUGGCCCAGAUUCUCGUAUACGCCUUCAAGUGGUACCUCCGCCGCGGGCCAAAGUCGGAUGUCGAGAGCGAGGCAGAUGAAGGCCGUGCACGAGAAGAGAUGGCGCUGGAGGAGGCUGCCGAGGGUGGCGAUGCGUUGCCGAUGGUCGACGAAAGGGACGACGGGACGGGAAAGCGGUAG